GUGCAUUGCGCACACCGGGCGGACCCUCCGUGACCACCGUCUCUGACGCCUACGGCGAAGCAUACACGUUGCAGUAAUUGAAAUCAGAAGAACUAUGUAGGAAUAAUGAUGAGGUAUGUCGCUAUCGAAGGACGGGGUUGCAAAUGAAUGGACGGGAGUAGCUAGGGCGCGCAUUCAAGACCCUUCAGCUUGUCUCCACCCAUGGAUCGCAGACACACGCCAGCACAAGAUACGCAGGCGACCACCAGCUCCGCGGCGGAACGACGGCGGGUGCGGUCCAUCAGUCAACCUGGUCCGUCGUACGCACACACCUCCGGGCCUAGUAGGCCAAGUGAGAACACCCCGUUGAUGGGAGCAACGGCGGUACCCGACACACAUUUGGCAGACCCGUUUGAGUUCGACUUCCUCUCCACAUUCAAUCCCUUCGCCGAGCAGCAGGCGACCUCAGCGCAGGGCUACGACGACGCCGCCUUCCUGAGAGCCCUACUCGCCUUCCAGCAACAAUCCUCCUUUAACGCCGCAUCCUCUCAUUCCAUGCCGACGCCCCCGCCCACAGUGCCGAACAUGCCCAACGUCCCGAGCAUGUCUAACAUGCCCAACCUACCCAACAUGCCCAACCUACCCAACAUGCCCAACCUACCUAACAUGCCCAACCUAUCCAACAUGCCAAACAUGCCGGCACCUACCAUGGGGCAGAACCCAACAAACGCAUUCCUCGCCGCGCUCCCCUGGCUGCAAUUGAUGUACCAGAUGCAGCAGAAUCAGUACAGCCAGCCGAUGCAACCGACGUCUCACCAUGUACCGUUCAUGCAGCAGCAACAACAAGCGGAAUCCCAGCCGCAGCCGCACUCUCAGCCAGAUCCACGCCGGACCUCACAACCCCAAUCUCCAUGGGACGCGACCCCGAAUCCAUUCUCUCCGUCGCAAUCCAACCAAGCGGACGCGUCUCCCGCGUCUUCUUCAACGGGCGCGCCGUCCCCGCCACAGCAGGUGGAAGUACCGGAAGACCCGGUGGUGAUUGCGGAGGACAAACGGAGACGAAAUACGGCAGCUUCUGCGCGCUUCAGGAUCAAGAAGAAGCAAUGGUCGCUCAACCUUGAGCGCACCAUCUCGGACCUGUCCAGUCGCGUGCAGGAGCUCGAGGUGGAGGCUGCCGAGUUGCGGCGGGAGAACGGGUGGCUGAAGGAGAUUGUCAUGCUGAAGAGCAAGCAGAACGCCCAGGCGGCAGCAGGCGGGGAAGUGGGGACCUCCGCGAGUGCGAGUAGUAGCCAGCUAGAUCUAACAGACCGGUCCGCGGGCGAGGGCAGCGGGGGACACACUUUGUGAACGUUGCGCAGGGUGUGGGGCGAGAGGACAGUGCUCGCCAUCUCUUCGUGCCGACGCUAUAUACUGUACGCUAUCGAAUUCCGAAUUGCCUUCUUUCCGACUAGUCAAUUC